AUCGCCGUCGCCGUCGCCGCCGCGGCCAUCGCUCCCGCUUCCGCGCACCGGAUGCACCACGCGCACGCCAUGCGCGGCCUCCAAAUGGACAUGGACAUGAGCGGCAUGGAUAUGUCGUCGAUGAGCUCCAUGGACAUGACCUCCUCCUCCACCACCUCGAGCUCCACGGCUGGUUCCAUCUCCACGGAAGACUACACGUGCCCGGUCUGCGGGAUGAGUACGCUUGACAACGGCUACGACAACCUCUCUCAUAUUGGCUUCAAGAACGGCCAGACGAUCUUCACUUGCAGUAUGGCCGCUCGCUCGUUCGACGACUACGACUUCGAGGUGACGGACACGUCGUACCUGGCCGCCAACGUUGCUGAGUUCAUCGUCAACUCGACGGACGCCUCCGCCUACGCCGAGUGCUCGGACUCGUGCGACGAGUGCGCGGACGGCAUCAAGGACCCUGUCACGGGCGACGACGUCACCACCUCCAACUACCAGUACGUUUGCCUGAACAACGGCCAGAAGAUCUACUUCGCGUCCGUGGCCAGCAAGAACGAGUACCUGAGCAACGUCAACUCGGAGCCGCGCUACCUCGUGGACAGCAUCAUCUGCGAGAGCCAGACGUGCUCGGACGCUGAGAACAUCACCGUGCUCAGUGCCGCGGCCCAGGCGUUCGUGCCGGACCUCUCCUCCUCCAGCCGCAGCGGCUCCACUGCCGCCAGCGGGUCGAGCGCGUCGAGCGCCGCCAUGUCGGUGAACUCGCCCGCCAGUCUGACCUUGGCGGUGGCCAGCGUGCUGGCUGCGUUGGCCGCGAUGGCCUAAGUGAAUAACGUAUGAGCAGGUGACUCACCUGAGGUGAUGCAGCAUCCGAAAGCGACGAAAACCUCGCAGUACCUUUUUUAAUUUUGCUGUAGACUUUCAAUACAGAGCACAUUUAGAUCG